AUGCCGCAACGACCACGACCACGACAGCCGCAACAACAGGACCAACAACCGUCGGUACUAAGACCAGCGGCGACAGCGCUACUAGUAACAGUGCUGCUGCUGUCAGCCGCCGCGCUCUCGCGCGGGGACGUAACGGACGUGUUCAAGCCCUUCUGCGGACCCGAGUCGUACAAAGACCCUCCUAAAGGGUGGAAGCGGUGGAGCGACCCGCGGGCGUGGCCCAAUAACAGAGUGCCAGGUGUGGGGAAUAACCGAGGCGCCAACGCGACGAUAACGUGCGGCGUGGGGAUGCUCUUAGACGUCAGCAUCACCGUCUACUUUCUGAAGAUCAAUGGCUGGCUCAAGGUGGAGGCGUUGGGUCCACUGCAGGUGAAUGCGGCGUUCAUUUUAAAUCAGGGCCGCGUCACUGUCGGCACGGCAACGUCGCCGUAUGCCGGCAAGCUAACCGUCAACCUAACCGGCGCCGCCAACGAGCUCACCAUCACGCGCCCCCCCGCCGCGCCGUUUCAGCCGCGCUCCGUAGGCGUGCGUGUGUUCGCCACCGUCGGCGGGCGGCUCGAGCUCAACGGCAUGUAUGGCAACGCGCCCGCGUGGACCACGCUCGCCGCUACUGCGAAUCAAGGGGCGCGAGCUAUCCGGGUUAAGGGGGACGUGAGCGCGUGGCCGGUAGGCGGCGUGAUUGCGAUCACGUCGACGGAUUUUGACCGUUACCAGGCGGAGAAUUUUACAAUCAGAUCGGUGGCGAGAGGUCCGAGGAACACGACGGUGUUGGCGCUGAACGGCGCGCUGGCGUGGAUGCACUGGGGGGAGGCGGUGACGUCGGGCGUGGCGGGCGCGACGGUGGACGAGGCGGCGGAGGUGGCGCUGCUGUCGCGCGCGAUCGUGAUUCAGGGCCACCAGAACCCCGAGGACCCGCUAAUCGGCGGGCAUUUCAUGGUGAUGCAGACGGCAGAGCGGCAACUCAUCAAAGGCGUCGAGCUCGUCAACAUGGGCCAGCAGGGAAGCCUCGGCCGCUACCCCAUGCACUUUCACCUCUGCCAGAACGUUAGAGGCUCGGUGGUCAGCAGCUGUAGCGUGCACGACAGCAAUCAACGGUGCUACGUGGUGCACGGCACGUGGAAUCUACGGCUGGAGUGGAACCUGGGGAUCAAAACCAAGGGCCACUGCUUCCUGCUGGAGGACGGUAUCGAAACCGGCAACGUGUUUUAUAAGAACCUAGGGUUUCUCCAGGAGCCCCCGCAGCGCAUGCUCACUCCGCUCGACGCGAAACCCGCCGUGCAGAGCGACAACUCGCCGUCGACGUUUUGGAUCACGAACCCGAACAACGCGUUCAUAGGGAAUGUCGCGGCGGGGUCGAGCGAUUCGGGAUUCUGGUUCCAGCUCGAAGCGGACGUGAAAGGGCCGUCCGCGUUGUACGCGCAAGCGGCGGCCAUGGCGCCGAAGCUCAUGCCGCUGGGUUCGUUCGUGGGCAACGCGGCGCACUCCAACGGCCGCGCGGGGCUGCGCACGUACCCCUCGGGGUACCGCCCUCGCCUCAACGGGGGGAUAUCGACGAUGCAGGAAUAUUCGGGGAUCAACGCGCCUGCAGCGAACAUUACAUUUAAGGGCUUCCGGGCGUACAAGAACCAGUUCAUAGGCAUGUUCAUUCACGAGACGGACUCGCUGACCAUCACAGAGGCGCAGGUGGCGGACAAUGCAAUUGUGGGCAUCGAGCUCAACCGCGACCAGGCCAUCACGAUCUCCAACUCGGUAAUCCUGGGCGAGACGGACAACACAGGAAAUCCCUUGGGCUGCGACAACACGCACACAGAGUACACAUCCUGCAAGUCCCGCGUGGAGAAGACCGGAUCCUGCGACCUUCCGUUCGCCUCCACGCCCGACGUGGCCCGCUCCAACUCCCCCACCGUCUCGCGCUACUGGACCCAGUUCGGAGUGUUGAUCGACCAGGACGAGUACCCCGGGCACGGGCGCAAGGGCAUGCCGCACCGCAUCGUCAACUGUACGUUCGGGAAGUUUUUCAACAAGUGCAGAACCUCGGCCGCGGUGACAGCCAACGGGCACGGCACGGACAUGUGGACGACGGCGCACAGCAGCGCGAGGAUUCGGAUGGCGGACCGGUCGCCGUUUAUCUGGAUGGUGCCGCGGCAGCUGGGGCAGCUUGGGUUUGAAACCGGGGGAGGGGAUGCGGGCCCGCUCACGAGGUUCCUCACGUGGAAGGAUGAAGAUGGGACGGUGCUGGGCGGUACGGGUGGGUAUGCUGUGGCGAAUACGACUGGGCUGGAGCCCUCGUCGACUGUUCGCUGCUCUCCGCGCCCGCACUGGAACGGCAUGGCGUGCCCGCAAGCGUGCUACCGCAGCGUGGGCAUCAUGGGCGCGCCCUUCCUCCUCACGCGCAUCGCAGACGGAGCAGUGAUCAACCCCGACGGCGCACGCUACGUGAACCUCCCCGCCAACACCUCCUACCUCGUCACGUUCACCGCUCUUCCCUCCGGCCCUGUGUCGCUCGCGUACACGGAUCAAGGACUUAGCUGUUCUUCAUCGGUUGUGCUGCAGUUGGCGCCUCCCGCGCCCAGGAUGGUGUGGCAGGUGGCAUCUGCGCCGAAAUUGUUCUGGCAAGCAUGUGGCGGGGUGAAGGCGCCGUUCAAGAACAUCACGCAGCUGGCGUACAAGUGUGACGCGCAGCGCAAUGUGAACCUGCAGAUCACCAUGGGCUCCUCCUCCUCGGUCGUCGUCUCGCUCUCUGCUGUCCGCGGCUCCAUCGCCUGCACGUACACGCAAUGCGGUGUGUUCUCCUCGUCAGGCACGUGGCGCUACUCUGAUGCCGGCACGCGCCCGGCCUCCUUCCUCUCCCUCAAGCCCCUCGCUGCCUCUGACUCAAACUGGAAGCGGGGCGUGGGGCCCUUUGGCCGCGGCGGCCAGGGCGAACUCACCACGCUCGCCAGCCCGCAAGCCACAUCCCUGGCGUUCUACUUUCGGAAGCAGUUCCAGCUCGACAACACUUCCACGCUGUGCUACCAGCGCCUGCUGCUGGGCGUGGUGGCCAGUGACGGCUUUGUGGUCUAUGUGAACGGCAAGGAGGUGCUGCGCUCCAACAUGCCACAGGGCCGCGUCCUGCCCACCACCCCCGCGUCCAUGGAUGCGAGUCCCAACGCGCCCUGGUCCACCUUCACUGUCUCCCUGGACUCCUUCCGCUCUCUCCUCCGCACGGGCGCCAACGAAGUAGCGGUGGAGCUGCACACGUCCAGCCCGUACUCAUGGGAGUCCCGCUUUGACAUGUGGAUGGCUCUCGCCAGCAGCACGUGCGCGCCCUGGCGUAUAUUCAACCCGCAGUCGCUGGUGCCCACGCCGCAGGCCACGCCCAUGGCGGCUGCGAAAGCGGCACGGAUGGCGUCGAGCAUGGCGCAUGUGGGUGGGAUUGGAGGGGAUGGAAACGGGGACUAUGGGGAUGAGGCGGACCUUAGAUGA